UACAUGACUGCAGUGGGUAUUCUGAGAAACUAAACUCUUACAGUGAUCUAUAGCUACCUAGUGUUGCAAUGGCGGAUGAUAGCUCCUCCGUGAAGCUCAAGGGGAAGGAGUCGUUUGGAGUGGACCCUGACACUCUGUCUCCAGAGCAGAAGAAGCACUUCAUCACCAGAAACCUUGAGGAGGUACUGGGAGAGGACCGACUGGAGGCUUUGCUGAAGGAGGGUAAGAACAUCGGUGUGUAUUGGGGGACUGCCACCACCGGGAAGCCACAUAUUGCCUACUAUGUGGGAGUGAUGAAACUUGCUGACUUUCUUAGAGCCGGCUGUGCGGUCACGGUAUUAUUGGCGGACCUUCAUGGUUACCUUGACAACUUGAAGGCACCCUGGGAGCUGCUAGCUCAUCGGACCAAGUAUUAUGAGUUCAUCAUCAAGGCUAUGCUAGAGUCUAUUGGAGUGCCGCUGGAUAAGCUCAAGUUUGUGAGAGGAACUGAUUACCAGUUGAGCAGAGAGUACACUCUAGAUGUAUACAGAAUGACAUCUGUGGUCACGGAGCAUGAUGCUAAGAAGGCUGGAGCAGAGGUUGUGAAGCAAGUCAAGAAUGCUCUACUCAGUGGACUCCUAUAUCCCGGCCUGCAGGCUCUAGAUGAGGAGUAUCUGAAGGUGGACGCACAGUUUGGGGGAGAGGACCAGAGGAAAAUAUUCACAUUUGCUGAGAAAUAUCUGCCUCAUCUUGGCUACAAGAAGCGUAUCCACUUGAUGAACCCCAUGGUCCCCGGGCUAACUGGAGCCAAGAUGAGCUCCUCAGAACCGGACUCUAAGAUAGACCCUCUGGACAGUGCCCAAGUUGUCCGCAAGAAGCUACAGAAGGCCUUCUGUGAGCCCGCCAAGGUGGAGGGAAACGGUGUAUUGGCCUUUGCAAAACAUGUGCUCUUCCCAAUUCUGUCUGGAGAAGAAUUUGUGAUUGAUCGAGAAGAGAAGUUUGGUGGGCGUGUGACCUUCACCGUGUAUCAGGAUCUGGAGGAAGCUUACAAGAAAGAUGAAGUGUACCCACUUGAUCUCAAGAAUGGGGUCGCUAACGAGCUUAACAAGAUGCUGGAGCCUAUUAGACAGCAGUUUGCAGCAAGUAAGGAAAUGCAAGACCUCCGGGAUUUGGCCUACCCUGCUGAAAGUGAGUCAAUCCGAGAUCUGCAUUUUUUGUACUGUAUAUUUUUCUUCUCUUCCCUAGAGCCCAAGUCUAAGGCUAAGGUUGGAGCCAGUGACAGAGCAGUGGAUUACUCUAGACUGGACGUGAGGGUGGGCCGGGUUCUCUCUGUGGAGAAGCACCCUGAUGCUGACACACUGUAUUUGGAGAAGGUCGAUGUGGGAGAUAAAGAGCCUCGUACUGUAGUGAGUGGCCUGGCCAAGUACCUCACAAUGGAGGAGCUGCACGAACGCAACGUGGUCGUUCUUUGUAACCUCAAGCCUGCCAACAUGAGAGGGAUCAAGUCUGAAGCCAUGCUACUUGCUGCAUCAAGUGAUGACAAGGUGGAGCUCCUAGUGCCCCCUCCCGGCUCUAAACCUGGUCAGAGGGUGUUUGUGGAUGGCUAUAACACUGAAGAGCCCGAUGAAAUGCUGAAUCCCAAGAAAAAGAUAUUUGAACAAAUUCAGCCUGACUUGAAGACUAACUCGAAGCUGUUGGCCACGUACAGAGGUAUACCAUUGAGCACUGACGAGGGAGGUGUGACCGUCAAGAGCCUCUCUGGUGCAAGCAUUCGAUGAACUAUUUUGACAGUAUACAUUACAUGAAUCAAGAGAAUAUGAAAAUUUUAUAGAUUAA